UUUCCACAAGAAAAGGUUGUUUUCAUGUUUGGGAUUCAGGAAAGCAUCCAACGGAGUGGAAGCAGCAUGAAGGAAGAGCCGCUGGGCAGCGGCAUGAACGCGGUGCGGACGUGGAUGCAGGGCGCCGGGGUGCUGGACGCCAACACGGCGGCGCAGAGCGGGGUGGGUCUGGCCCGGGCUCACUUUGAGAAGCAGCCGCCUUCCAAUCUGCGGAAAUCCAACUUCUUCCACUUCGUCCUGGCCCUCUACGACAGACAGGGCCAGCCCGUGGAGAUCGAGAGGACAGCCUUUGUGGGGUUCGUGGAGAAGGAAAAAGAAGCCAACAGCGAAAAGACCAAUAACGGGAUUCACUACCGGCUCCAGCUCCUCUACAGCAAUGGAAUAAGGACGGAGCAGGAUUUCUACGUUCGCCUCAUUGACUCCAUGACAAAACAAGCCAUAGUGUAUGAAGGCCAAGACAAGAACCCAGAAAUGUGCCGAGUGUUGCUCACACACGAAAUCAUGUGCAGCCGCUGUUGUGACAAGAAAAGCUGUGGCAACCGAAAUGAGACUCCCUCAGAUCCAGUGAUAAUUGACAGGUUCUUCUUGAAAUUUUUCCUCAAGUGUAACCAAAAUUGCCUAAAGAAUGCGGGAAACCCACGUGACAUGCGGAGAUUCCAGGUCGUGGUGUCUACGACAGUCAAUGUGGAUGGCCAUGUCCUGGCAGUCUCUGAUAAUAUGUUUGUCCAUAAUAACUCCAAGCAUGGGCGGAGGGCUCGGAGGCUUGACCCCUCGGAAGGUACGCCCUCUUAUCUGGAACAUGCAGCUACUCCCUGUAUCAAAGCCAUCAGCCCGAGUGAAGGAUGGACGACGGGAGGUGCGACUGUGAUCAUCAUAGGGGACAAUUUCUUUGAUGGGUUACAGGUCAUAUUCGGUACCAUGCUGGUCUGGAGUGAGUUGAUUACUCCUCAUGCCAUCCGGGUGCAAACUCCUCCUCGGCACAUCCCUGGUGUUGUAGAGGUCACAUUGUCCUACAAAUCCAAACAGUUCUGCAAAGGGACACCGGGAAGAUUCAUUUACACAGCACUCAAUGAACCCACCAUCGAUUACGGUUUCCAGAGGUUACAGAAGGUUAUUCCCCGGCACCCUGGCGACCCUGAGCGCUUGCCAAAGGAAGUGAUACUCAAAAGGGCUGCAGAUCUGGUGGAAGCGCUGUAUGGGAUGCCACACAACAACCAGGAGAUUAUUCUGAAGAGAGCAGCUGACAUCGCAGAGGCCCUGUACAGUGUCCCCCGCAACCACAGCCAGCUCCCGGCCCUCACUAACACCUCGGUCCACGCGGGAAUGAUGGGCGUGAAUUCCUUCAGUGGACAACUGGCUGUGAAUGUCUCCGAGGCGUCGCAGGCUACCAAUCAGGGUUUCACCCGCAACUCAAGCAGCGUAUCACCACAUGGGUACGUGCCGAGCACCACCCCUCAGCAGACCAACUAUAACUCGGUCACCACGAGCAUGAAUGGAUACGGCACUGCCGCCAUGUCCAAUUUGGGCGGCUCCCCGACCUUCCUCAAUGGCUCAGCUGCCAACUCGCCCUAUGCCAUCGUGCCAUCCAGCCCCACCAUGGCCUCCUCCACAAGCCUCCCCUCCAACUGCAGCAGCUCCUCCGGCAUCUUCUCCUUCUCACCAGCCAACAUGGUCUCAGCCGUGAAACAGAAGAGUGCUUUUGCGCCUGUGGUCAGACCCCAGACCUCCCCACCUCCCACCUGCACCAGCACCAACGGGAACAGCCUGCAAGAUCAGUCUUUUGUGGACUCUAGCAAGUUCUCCACUGCAGGGUCUCUCCCGGGACUGGCCUUCUCCUGAACGAUAUCUGGCAUGAUUGUUCCUCCCAUGUGAAAGAAUUGCCUUGAAGAAUUUUAUUAAUGAAGAGGUUGGAUUCUGCUACAGAAAGUAAUCUGAUACAAGUCCCAGAGUGGAACUUUUAACUCAGGCCUUUUUAAGAGGAAUCACAAUAACUGCAGAUUUUUAAACAAACAAUAUCACCGACCUUGCAAAUACUGAAAUUGGAAGGGAUCUGCUAAUGCAGGGUGUUGGUUACAGUUGUACCUCCCAAGUCCUUGGGGGGAUAUAUUUAUUCUGUGUUGAUAAAAGCAAAUCCUCUUUUUCUUUCUCUCUCUCUUUUUUUUUUAAAGCUUAACUCGGCAAUCAUUUGUCUUUUAUAAACCAUAAAGCUGUAUACAAGGGACACUAUAAAUGAGACUCCAUGUUUUAAUUUAUGAUGUUUUUAAAGCUGUGUAAAAGGAGAAUGAAAUGGUGAUAUUUACAAAAAAGUUUAAAAAGAAAAAAAGAAAAAAAAAAAAGCUUGUAUGGGACAGAAUAGGAAUGCCAGUUAGAUUUUUUUAGAAAACUAAGGGUCGGCUUUUGCGCCUUAAAGCAUAUCAAGUGGUAGUUACUCGGACAGUGCAUUUCCAAUAUCUAACUUAACAUGCCACCCCUUAGCAGUGCAAGCUUAUUUCUCUCUUUUGUAUUGUUGUCUUAAGUAACUGUGUAAAUAAAUGCAGCCUGGAAAGUUAAAAAGUGAUGUAAGUGAUCACAUUUUCCCCUUCUACUCAAAAAUCCAGUGCCUCUAGACAGAUCUUAAAACUGCAUAUUUAAACCUGACAGCACUCUCUCUCUCUUGCUUAUGUCAACUUCUUCGGAAGCCGAUGGCCUCUCGAGAGCUUGGUGGCACACGUGCUGUGUGAGAAUCUCCUCUGAGACUUCAUGGAACAGGGUCAGGCACAGAAUUCCACAUUAUGCCCUCCAGUUAUCAACCCCAAAUCCCACUUACACUCCGCCCUUUACACGGUUAAAGUUUACUCAUCCUAAAUGCUGACUUCAUACCAAUCCUUCAAAAGCUGACAAAAGCAACAUGGCAGGUAUUUCAGAUUUCCCAUCCGAGAUAGCGCCUCUAUCAGUCGACCCUUACCAUUUGUAACAUAGUAGAUUGAAACGACAGGUUAAGUGCUUUGGAAUUAAGAAUAAAAGGAAACUGGGAGAAAGGAGAAGAAGGUUGAGAUCUCCAAAACAUGGUUUUCUGUUUGAUGGGAAUUUUUGCUCUCAUUAUCUGGGAAGUGUUCUUAAAAAUAGGAAUUAAUAGCAAAGAUGCAGCAAAGCUCUGAGGAUGCAUUUGCCUGAUAUUUUUUUCUUUGCUGUUGUGUUUUGUAUGUAGUUAUAAAUACUGUAGAUUUUUUGUGAUUUUUUGCCAAAGUUGUUGUUCUAUUUAUACAUUUUAAUGUCUUAAGACAGUUUUUCAAUAUCACAAAAAAAGAUUUUACUGCAUAUUUUGCAAAGAAAAAAAAGCUCACUACCUUUAGCUUGCACAUACUUGCAAAGUUAAUUAAAAGGCUUUUUGUUUUAAAGGGGAUUUUGUAAGAUAUCCGUAUAAAUAAUGUAUUUAUCUUUGGAAUUUGUACAUUGCUUUCCCCUUCCUCCUUUUCCUCCAACUCCCAGUUUAUUUUAUUGUGUAUGUUUGCUAUGUGAAAAGUGCGUAUUUGUUUGGCCACCUAUAGUUAUAUUAGCUAUUUCAAUGUGAUUUUUAAACAUUUCAUUUAUAGUUAUUUUUAGUAUUGUUUUAAACCAUGCUUCAUUUUUUUAAUUUUCACCCAAAAGCCAUUGUCUAUUUUUGUAUUAUUUGUAAGUUAAGAAGUUUUUUCCAAUAUAUGGCAAAAAAUAGUAGCAUAUUAUUCUUGUAGCAUUUAGUUCUGUAGAUUAAAAAAAAUGUAUCCUUUGCUUUGGAAGCUUACAGAAAAAAAACCCUAAUGCUGUUUUACUCUAUUAAUAUGCAUGGAACCUCUUCCUUUGGAGUGACGCAUUUUGUGCAUUAAAUUCCGGGGAGAAACUUCAUAGAAAUCAAUGAACAUACUUUCUUUCCUAAGUCUGCUUGUAUAUUUCCUCUGUCUUUCACAUAAAUAUAAACCAGCAGAUUGGAUGCCUUAACAAUGCAAAUCAUAUUCAUUUCACUUGUACAUUGUAACUGUGCACCAGAACUGUCAGUCAUCACUAACAUUCUAAGAAAAAAGAAAAAGAAAAAAAAGAAAAAAAAAAAAACAAAGAAAUCGAAAAGCACAAAAGAACUGUUUUGUUACCUUAAGACAAUGUAACUUUUUCUAGUAGAGCAAGAAAUUUACAACAAUGCUGCAACUGUGCAUGCCCCCAUAUGGAUUUUGCAAUGGUUUUCACUAGACUGUCAGAGUGCGAUUUUU